AUGGCCUCACCGGCGUUGCAGAGAAGCGGGGCGGCGAGGCUCAGGGGCUACCGUUGUGGAGGAGGAUGGGGACGAGGCGCCGUCGCCGUGUCGGGGAGGCGGACGCAGUCCGGCGGGGAGGAGGACGGGGACGCGGCGACGGCGGGGCAGCGUCAGGCGAGGUCAGCUCUGGGCGGCGGCGAUCCGGUGAUGGGGCCACGGGUGGUGGCUCGGGCCGGGGUUGUCGAGGCCGACGCGGGGAGGCGAGGUGGCGGAGGAGGUGGUCGAGGUCCGGCGAAGGGCAGCACCAGCGUCGGGGCGCGGGGAAGGGGGGUCGACGCGGGCGCCGAGGCGAUGGGGGCGUCCGGCGACGGGGGCGAGGCGGCGGCGUCGCGAGUAUUUAAAGAUUUUAUAUAUUAG